CCUUCUCCAACUUCACAGCCUUGCAACUUUGUGUGAAGUGAAUUUCGCUGCCUUACGGUUACAACAGCCCAAGACAAAAAAGAAAAAAAGAAGAAAAAAAAAGAAGAAAAUCAUGGUCCAUAACUCGUCAUCAUCCGCAAUGGCUCACUCCCUUUUUGGUGGACCCGUUACUUCAACACAUCACCACCCGGCUCUCCCUCUACCGGCUAUCACUCCUGCAACUUCGAAUGCCCCGACCCCCGUAUCCGCCUCUACCUCCUCCAUGUCUGCCGCAUCCUCGAAUAAUACGUUCGUCAUGACGAACUCGCCCAUGAAGAGUAGGGCUAUAAUGGAUAAUUAUCGACCCAAGGUCACACGAACCCUUGGCCAGCGGCCCGCCUGCUUAGUGAAUGCUUCGGUCACAUAUUGUGGUAACAACCAGAUCUAUGCCUUCGGCGGAUUUGACCAGUAUACGGAUGAGGUCUACAACCAUGUGCUGAAGCUAGACCUUGUUAGCCAUCAAUGGAGUCUUGUUGAUAACUAUGGAGACAUCCCUGGCGUAAGGAUGGGACAUACUGCAACCUUGUAUCAGGGUGACAAACUUCUUGUCUUCGGUGGCGAGAACGAACACAGGACAUAUCUCUCCGAUUUGAUAAUAUUCGAUCUGAAGAGCGCCCACUGGACCCAGCCUCAGGUUUCCGGUCCCAUCCCCAAGGGCCGAGCCAGACAUGCGGCUGUCCUACACGAGGAUAAACUGUUCAUUAUUGGUGGCAUCACAGGUCAUGAGAGCUAUGUCUCAGAGGACAUCUGUUAUCUCGACCUGAAGACUUAUACCUGGUCGAGGUCCUGGCGAUUCGUUCCUAGAUUUGACCACUCGGCCUACGUUUGGAAUGAUCGAAUCUGGGUAUUCGGCGGACUAAGCAGAGAUAUGGAUAAAAUAGGCGACCUUUGCUGGUUAGAUUUGAAAGGCAGCCCGGAUUUCGAGUCUCCGCCUCAGAUGGGAAGUGCCGUCGACAGGCAUACUAUAUCUAGUCGUUCAAGUGAUUCUCCUCGGACUCCUUAUUCAUUAGGCACAGCCCCGCCCCUCUCCGCCUCAGGCUUUGCAGCCAACAUCCGAGCAGCUCAAGUCAGCACUCCCUCCUUCCACUUGAAGAAGCAAGUUCCCAUGGCACCGGGUGCCAUCUCUGUCCUAAGAUUCGUUUCUGGAGGCAAUGUCCCAUCGCAAGGCUCCGGCAUCCAUUUCCAUAUUUAUUCUUCCGGAAAUCUCCUGGACUUUGUCACCCCUGUCUCGAAUAUUACUCCGAAGGAGUGUUCGCUUUCAGCUUUGGAUUUGAAUACUCUGCGGUGGCAGAAGUUGGCCGAAGGUCGUGAGAUCUUCAAGCCAGGCUACCAAUGGCACUAUUGCACUAUGAACGAGGACGGUACUAAAGCCUGGCUAUUAGGAUGCCCGACGGAUGUUGCCAACGACGUUGGAGCUGGUGGUUUUGAAGAGUAUUUAAGUGAUAUCAUGGAGAUAGAUCUACGACGUUACGGGUUUCUAGGAAAUAAUGCCGCCUCCGAGUCUCGAGCAGAGUAUGCUAGACCUACCACCCACGCCAGAAUCCAGGACCAGCCAUCAAAAGGACUUGGACACGAUCUCGCAAAACUCUUCAAUCAACCCCCCGAGACUGGAAGUGGAACCGAUUUUAUUAUUACCGCUCUGGCUGGUGACGACUAUGACGACGACGAUAUGAUGGGUUCUAGUCUCAUUCGCGCAGGCGAGUCCCCGAUGGACCAGAAUUGGCUCACACCAGAUGCACCCACAUCCGCCCCUAUCCAUGUGCAUAAACUAAUCCUCCAGGCUCGAUGGCCACAUUUUGCCCGUUUGUACAACGCGCAGAUGGCAGAAUUCCACACCAAGAAGAUGCAUAUCCCGGAACCAUACACGGUAGUUAAGGCAUUCCUACACUACCUCUACACGGAUAGCAUCCACUACGAUGACGGUCCGAUAGACCUUUCAGAUGUUGCCGGCCUAUUAGUGAUGUCAAAUAUCUACAAUAUACCCCACCUGCGCCUCCUUUGCGUCAACCGACUUUCAAAGGAACUCGAUGUGGAGCACGCGUGCAUCAUCUGGUAUUGCGCAGGACUUGCGAGCGAAGAGUGGCUGCGCAAGCGGGCCGCGUCAUUCUGUCUGACGCACUGGGGCCGCAUAGUGCGUACUCAGGGGUUCCUACGCCUGCCACGAUCAGCUCUCGUCGAGCUGUCGCAGGAGAUCGACAUGGAAGGUCGAGUCAUCGCGGGCGAAGAACUCGAGUAUGUGGAUAACUGUCGCGGCCGAUUCGACGCCUCGGGCGUCUCGCGCAAAGAUAGCAUCAGCAGCGACCACACGCAAGCUCUGCCUUCGGACGUCGACGACUCGGAAGGCAUGGAUAUGGCCUGACUCUUUGGGAUAGUUGGGCGAGGAAGACUCGCGGUGGGACAUAUUCACUU